AUGCAACAAAAAUAAACAUUUUUUGGCUUAAAUCACUUGUUAAGUUCGCGCUUCGCUAAAAAAAUUGAAUAUCUCCUACUCUUCUCUAGUUUAAAUUGAUUUCUUUACUCGAGGUGUAAACGGCUGAUAAUGGACGAAACCGUGUGCUAUAUCAAGCCAGAAUACCUUGUUCCUCGCAAUGUAGGGGAUAAUGAUUCUUCGAACAAGGUCGAAGAAGGCAAUGGCCAGGCCACAGAAAAACGGUCGAACGAGCAACAGUCGUCCACCGAGGAACCACCCAAAAAGAAAGGUCGAUAUGCCGAUGACCGGAAGAACAAGAAAAAAAAUCGAGGUCAGAAUAAAAACCGCGGCCUCCCCUUUAAAGAGGACCACGAGGCGCGUCUUUGCAAGUCACUUAAUAACGGUCCUGACAAGCGAGAAGAGUGUGGAUUUGCCAACUGCAGGUUUUCGCAUGAUAUAUCCAAAUAUAUGCAACUAAAGCCCAAGGAUAUCGGUGAAACUUGUUACAUUUAUUCUUUGAAAGGGCGGUGUCCAUUUGGAGUUACUUGUAGGUUUGGAAGUGGGCAUUUGGAUGAAAAUUUCAACAAUAUAACGAACGAAAAUGUUCUGAAAGAAAAUGAAGAAAUCACGUUGACUAGACGUGAGAAGGAAUUGAAAAGGAAGAAUUACGAUUUCAAAAAGUCGGACGAAGUGUUGAAAAAAUUUGAAAUGCCGAAGGGAGAGGAUAACGAAGACGUUCAAGGAGAAGCGCUUAUCAAGCGAUUCGGUUCUUGUCCUGAAGAGGAUUUGAUCGUGCUUCGAGACGCCGAACGUAGAAAAAUAGUUUUUAGGGACAAACUCUAUCUAAGCCCUCUGACAACGGUUGGAAAUUUACCCUUCCGAAGAAUUUGUAAAGAAUACGGCGUAGAUAUAACCUGUGGGGAGAUGGCCUGCGCGAUACCAUUGGUGAAAGGAAUAAAUUCGGAAUGGGCCUUAACCAAAAGGCAUUCCAGUGAGGACUUGUUUGGGGUUCAAUUAUGUGGCCACAGUGCAAAAUUAUUGACUUACGCAUCGGAAUUAGUCGCAGAUUCUGCCGAUGUCGAUUUUAUCGACUUAAACUUGGGAUGCCCGAUAGAUUUGAUCUUUCAACAGGGAGCGGGAAGUGCUCUUUUAAGACGCAAGAAUAGGUUAAUGGAAAUCAUACCAAGUGUAACGCGACUCUUGCACGAAUACGGAAAAGAAUUUACCAUCAAAACAAGGGUCGGUGUCUAUAAGAACAGCAACAUCGCCCACAAGUUUAUACCAAUGUUCGAAGAACUUGGAGCUAGUCUCGUUACCGUUCAUGGUAGAUCCAAGGAACAGAGGUAUACAAAGAACGCGGAUUGGGAAUACAUUCGCCAGUGCGCACAGCAAGCCAAAUCUAUACCGGUAUUCGGGAAUGGAGAUAUAUACAAUUACGCUGACUACGAGAAAGUUCGGCAAGAUACUCCCGAAAUCGCUGGAGUAAUGAUCGGCAGAGGAGCACUGAUCAAACCGUGGAUCUUCCAGGAGAUCAAAGAUCAGAAACCAUCUGACCCUUCAAGUAGCGAGCGAAUGGAGAUGUUGAAACGUUUCGUCAACUACGGUCUAGAACACUGGGGCAGCGAUACUAAAGGGGUGGAAUCCACUAGACGAUUCUUCCUGGAAUGGCAAUCAUUCCUCUAUCGGUACGUGCCAUAUGGGCUUCUAGAACGUCCACCGCAAAAAAUAAAUCAACGGCCAGAACUAUUUCGAGGUCGAGAUGAUCUAGAAACACUGAUGGCUUCGCCGAAUUGUGCAGAUUGGGUUAAGCUAAGUGAAAUGUUGUUGGGACCUGUUCCAGACGGGUUUAACUUUUUACCGAAGCAUAAGGCGAAUGCUUAUUAGAGGCAGGCGCGAGUGGUAAGUUGUUUUCACCUAAUUUCACCCUUGAAUUUAAUUUUUGAAUAAUUCUAUGGAUUUGUUAGACCGAAUAAUUACGAUAACUUGAA